AUGCAGCCUCGUGGCCCUCAGAUUACUCAUCUUGCUUAUGCAGAUGAUGUGAUCAUUUUCACAUCUAGAACUCGGUCUUCUAUUGAGAUGGUCCUUCAACAGCUUAGGUUCUAUGAGGAGUGUUCAAGUCAGCUGAUCAAUGCCAACAAAAGCUGCUUUUUAGUGGCUCCAGAUACUGCUGAUAAUCUAAUCCGGGCACUCAAACUCUCUACUGGCUACAAACAUAGUGAUUUUCCUAUAACUUAUCUGGGGUGUCCCCUUUGUGUGGGAAGAAAGAAGAUUGUUUUAUUCAAUGAAGUGGUGUCCAAAAUUGUAAGAAAAACCAAUAGUUGGCAAGGUAAACUUUUAUCUUUAGGGGGACGGGCAGUGCUCAUCAAACAUGUUUUGCAAUCCCAACCCCUUCAUCUUUUGGUUGCUAUUAAUCCCCCCAAGACUGUCAUAAAACAAAUUGAAGCUUACUUGGCCAAAUUUUUUUGGGGAUCCUCUGAUGGGAAAAAUCGAUAUCAUUGA